AUGCACGCGCUCACUCUUCUCGGCCUCCUCCCCGUGGCCCUGGGCUGCCUGAACGCCAACACCAACCCCUGCGCCAGCUUCAUCAAGUCCAACGCCGCCCAGGCGUCGCCCUUUUGCGCCACGUUCACCCAGAGCCAGGUCACGGCCACCACUGGUCUUCCAGCGUGGGCGACCAACUGCAGCAACAAGCCAAAGCUCCUCACGGCCGAGUGCGCUUGCCACUACCCCGGAAACGGCAACCCGCCUGCCCCUACGACUACCACGCUCACGACGAAGACGACGACGGCGGCUGGCAGCAACCCUAAUCAUACGGGCGUCACUACGACCCUGCCGCAAUCUUCGGGCGCUGUUGCCACCAAUGCCGCCAUUGUCGUGUCCGGCUCCCUUGACGGCGGCAUGAAGCUCUACGAUCGCAGUCCUCGAGUCUGUGCCGAACAAGAUGAGACUGGCGAGAACGACGCAAUGUUCAUCCUGGAAGAUGGUGCCACGCUCUCCAACGUCAUCAUCGGACCAAACCAGGCCGAGGGUGUCCACUGCAAGGGACAAUGCACUCUCAUCAACGUCUGGUGGCAGGAUGUUUGCGAAGAUGCCCUUACCAUCAAACAGAACAGUGGCACCUCCUACGUCAUCGGCGGCGGCGCCUUCAAGGCAUCGGACAAGAUCUUCCAGUUCAACGGCUUCGGUACUCUCGACAUCAAGAAUUUCUACGCCCAAGACUACGGCAAGGUCGCCCGUAGCUGCGGCAACUGCAGCAACAACGGCGGUGCGCGUCACGUCGUGAUGGACAAUGUGCUGGCGCGGGACGGCGGCGUGCUGUGCGGCAUCAACACAAACUACGGCGACACGUGCACGAUCAGCAACAGCUGCCAGGACAGUAAUAAGACUUGUGAUAAGUAUGAUGGCAACAAUAGCGGCAAGGAGCCCAAGAAGAAUGGAUCGGGACCUGAUGGCCAGUUCUGCAAGGUGAGCGGUUUCAGCACCAGCUGCUAA